UUUUAUUUACAAAAAAAAACUUACAUGUGGUGACGGUAGUGGCACAUGCGUAUUUAUCCGGGCGCCGCAUUCGUUAGGCAAAACAUAAAUGAAAAAACGUGUCUGGUGCCGACAAUUGAAACACAUACAUACGCUACGCUUGGCUGUUGUUUGAUUACCUAGUCAGCUGCUUCUGCUUCUGCUGAUGAUAAGGUUUGUUCCCUUAAGAAUAGCUAGCUUUGCUAGGAUUUACCCUUACACCCAGCUUUCGUGGAUCUUGCGACCGAGUACGUAGGAGUAGCGGUCGGAUACAACAAUUGAGAUAUAUAUAUAUAUAUAUAUAUUUUAUAUAGGUGAAGAUUCGCUGAAUAUAUCAUAGAUUUUCCAUUUCAUGUUUAAUAGCAUUAUUAUAUUAUUGUAUCUAAGAGAGAGCUGAGAACUGCAUGCAUGCAGUUUCAGAAAACCAAAUUCAGAGCACAAACUUUAGUCAUCCUUGUUGUCCUCCUUGCCACUUGGGCAUAACCAAAUUCAUCGCUCAGCCAGAUUAUUAUACUCUACAUCAAAGGUAUUGAUUGAGAAACAAGCUUAUAUUAUAAUUCACCAAGUCGCUUUUCUGUUUUUUUUUUUUUGGAUUACUUUGUCGAUCAAUUUUGUAACUACCCAAUCAUUUUUUUUUAUAAACAUAUUGUUCGUAUUGGACCUAUAUCUUUGCACAGUUUUGAUUAUUGGGUGCAUUAUCAUGGUGAUUUCUCCGGAGGUCAUCCAUCUUUGCAUGCUUGCACUGCUCCAACACUGGACUUUUCUAUUUUCACCAUAGAAUGUUUGUUAGUUAAUGUUUGAAUGUUUUGUUAUGAAUCAUAUAUAUCUCGUAUGUUUUGUCGAUGUGUAAUUUACCUAAAGUUAAAAUUCUUAUUAUUGCAGUUUUUUUUACCGUUCUAUUACGGUUCUCGAAGAUAUUUUUCUAAUGGAACGAGGAGACAUUGCAAAAUGGGAUGUCUCGGUAAUUGUUGAACAUGUUCUCCUUCAUUAUUUAUUUAUUUUAUUUUAGAAAACUCAAGGUCAACUCAUUUUGUUUGUAAAAUGUCACUAAGAACGCAUCAUAUAUAGUAUUUGUCCGUUAAUUAAAUGAGGAAUUUCAACUGCAAUCAAAUCAAAAUGCAACAUAACUGAUAUGCUGCUAGGGGGAAAAAAACAUGCAAUCUCACCCUGGUGGAAAUAGGAGUGGAGCCAGGACUCAAAAUUCGGGUGAACGAGAUUCCUUUUGGGUAUUAUCGUCAAAAUUUAAAAAACAAAAUUGAUAAUAAUAAUAAUAUAGAAGGAUAACAUUAUUUAUUUAUCAUAGUCUUUCAAAAUAUUAUUUGAGAUCGUUAAAAGAUCUAAAACAUUAUCUAAACUGAAAUUUAUGCUACAAUAUGUUCAAGAUUAAUAAUUAAAUUCCCAAUAAAAAACUAAUCAUUCUUUUCAAUUUGUACCAUAUUAUGCACUGUUAUUGCACCUUAACAAUAAACGUCUGUGAAUACUAGAAUUAAAAAAAAAUCAUUCUUUAUAUGUUUAAAAUUAUUCUUAAAAUGUAAAUUUAUAAAGAACUUAAUUCGUCUAUUAAAUUUUGAGCAAUUAUGUAAUUACAAAGAGAAAAACGUACAAUUUGCUUCAACAGUGAAUUGAAACCCAGUCCAUGGUUCUCUUAAAUUUUCAGAACUUAAGGUUGAAUUAACGGGUUGGAUUAAGAGCGACCCACUCGAAUCUGGCCUAAUUAUGUUCACAUCAAACAAAAGUCAAUUUCUUCCUUGGAAAAUUUUAUUCAUGCCACCUUUUUUUUCCGGAACUUAUAAGCAAAUAACGUGAAUGCAAAAAAAUGUGAAAACGCAAAAGAAAGACUUUUUUUGUAAAGAGAAAAAAACGGAAAAGAAAGACUGUAUGAGGAAGAAAGGAAAUAUUGAGAAAAAUCACGACACGAAGGAAGAAGCAAUUUUACGUAAGCCGGCCUAAUGCAAAGUAUUUAUUAGACGUGUACAAAAGAAAGAUCUAACUCAAUUAUUAUUGUCUGGGUAUUUAAGGCAAUCAAUUAAUAAUGGCCAAUCAAUGACAUCUGCUGCUACGACUUUGGCCUCCCAAUUGGUUUAUCUGAUCUUUGAAGUAAAACAAAACCAUCAAAAAGAAAGUGUGUAACAGUUUCCCCCCACGAUAAUUAUAGGGCUGAAAAUUUGUCUGUCCCGUCCCUGUCCCUAUCUGAACCGUCCCUGAAAGGUCAAGAUGUAUAACCGUCUCGUCCCGUCCCUGUCUCCUUCUUGACCCUGUCUGACCCUCAAGGGUUGGGACGGGACGGGUCAGUGAGUCGACCCUAAUCAACACACUACUUUUUUAUAAAUUACGUUUUGAUACCCAAAAUUAUUUUUUCUUACAAUUUAGUACCUAGAUUUUAUUUUUUUUACAAAUAAGUCCAUAAAUUUUGAUGGUAAACUUACGUUUUGAUACCCAAAUUUUUUUAUUUUUACAAAUUAGUACCUAAACUUUUAAAACUUUACAAAAAGGUCCAAUGAAGUAUGAGAUAUUUGUUGUUGCUAAGGGUCACAUGGUCAAAACGUGACCCGUCCCUAAGUUGUCCCGACCCGUCCCGACCCUUACAGGGUCAACAAAUGACUCGUCCCUAAUCUGUACCUGUAGACAAACUGACCCAUCCUGGGUCUUCCGGGACAAGCUUUCACCCCUAACAAUAAUAACUUGUUCUUAAUACAUCAGAAGUCGAAAAAUAUCAUCACAUCAAUGAUGCAUCAUAUACCUAACUAUUGGGUACGUGCUCAAUAAAUUGAACACUAUGACCUCCCUUUGAAGUGAGAAAAUAAUGACUAGGCAAGAAUGGCUGGGAUAUAACAAAAAUGUAUACAGUACGAAGCAGUUAUUAGUAAAUUGACGGUGAUUCGACCCACAUUUAUAUCGGGUUUAUUAUUUCAACUAGUCAAUUUUUUUCGAGGAGCCUCUUCAGUUCUAUAUAGAGCUAUAGUUACUUCAAUUUAAUUAGCAUGAUUUUACCCGCCAUUUUUAAAAUUAAAACUAAAAAAAUUCGUCACACCAGUAAAAUUAAUCAAGACUUUUCCACCCAUAAUUGGCCAUUCUAUAUCAAAUAUUGAGCUUGCCACGCAAAUGCAUCCAUUAUGUUAUAUGCCUCUUUCGAAAUUUGGUUGAUAGAUGUGACACAAGCAUUUAAUAAUCUUCUCCCACAGGCCACAAUCUACAUAGGGAGAUUCAGUCUUGUGUCUAUCAAUUACGAAACAAAAUCUAUAUUUUCAUACAAUUCUAUUAAUAUUAUUCAAAUAAAUUCAUUUCUAUUCGUACUACAAAAUUAAAAAGAAAAAUAGAAGGAAAAGCUUCACAGUUAUUUAAUUUCUCUUUGUCACUUUGCCCACCACCCUCUUUUAUAAAUACCGCCACGCCACACCUUUUCUCAUCAUCGCCCUAUUCCAAAAUCCAAACCAACAGUACUUCCCAAUUAUUUCUCUGACGUAGUCCUCUUCUUGCUCAAAGAAAACAAGAAAUAAGCCAUCCAUCAGCUGGUUAGUUUUCUGUGAAACUUGACCCCUGAAAAUUCCUCUUAACGCGCAGAAGCUCGAAACGGCGUCGGAGCAGGAAGAAGAGGAGUAUUGCUGUUGUUGGUGCUGCUGCUGUAUUGCCAAAGGAAUGCAGAGCAUCAUCGAUGCCUUGAGUGGCGGCCAGAGGAGGAAAAUCAAAGGCACGGUGGUGCUGAUGAAGAAGAACGUGCUGGAGUUCAACGACUUCAACGCUUCGAUCGUCGAUCGCUUCGACGAGCUCUUUGGCCGGGGAGUUUCUCUGCAGCUCAUCAGCUCCGUCCAUGGCGACCCGCAGAAUGGCAACAAGGGGAAGCUUGGGGAGGCAGCAUACUUGGAGAACUGGAUCCCGACAAUCGCUCCAUUGAAAGCCGGCGAAACAUCCUACGACGUUACCUUCGAGUGGGAAGAAGAAGAGAUCGGGAUCCCGGGAGCGUUUCUCGUCAAGAACAAUCACCACAGCGAGUUCUUCUUAAAGUCUCUCACGCUCCAAGAUGUUCCUGGACAAGGCAGGAUCCACUUCCCCUGCAACUCCUGGGUUUACCCUGCCAAGCGCUACACCAAACACCGGGUUUUCUUCACUAACAAGUCGUAUCUGCCACACGAGACGCCGUUGCCAUUGGUGAAGUACAGAGAGGAAGAGCUGGCGGCUUUGAGAGGAAAUGGAGAAGGGGAGCUACAAGAAUGGGACAGAGUGUAUGAUUAUGCUUACUACAAUGAUUUGGGAGAUCCUGAUAGCGGCACAGACAAGGCUAGACCGACUCUGGGAGGAUCGGCGGAGUACCCUUAUCCUCGUAGGGGAAGGACUGGCAGGCCGCCUUCCAAAUCAGAUCCCAACGUAGAGAGUAGGGUGCCACUACUGAUGAGCCUAGACAUAUACGUCCCCAGAGACGAGAGAUUUGGUCACCUGAAGCUGUCUGAUUUCCUUCUCAAUGGGCUCAAAGCCAUUGUGCAAGUCGUGAAGCCUGAGCUGGAGGCUCUGUGCUCUGAAAAUCGCGACGAAUUCGAUUCCUUUGACAAUGUCCUGAAGCUGUACGAUGGUGGGGUGAAGCUCCCUGGAGGUCCUACGCUCGAUAACCUCUGGAAGGAUGUUCCUUUAGAUAUCAUCAACACGAUUUUCCACACGGAUGGCGAACGGAUUCUGAAAUACCCUUUGCCAGAAGUAAUCAAAGAGAGUAGGACUGCUUGGAGAACUGAUGAAGAAUUUGCGAGGGAAAUGUUGGCUGCGCUCAACCCUGUUGUCAUUAGUCUUCUUCGUGAGUUCCCGCCGAGGAGCAAGCUGGAUUCUAAAAUUUAUGGAAAUCAGGACAGUUCAAUUAGUGAAGAACACAUAAGACAUCAGCUGAAUGGAUUGACCGUAGGCGAGGCAAUCAAGACCAACAAGCUAUUCAUACUUGAUCACCAUGACACACUGAUGCCAUACCUAAGGAGGAUUAACAACAACACAACCUCCAAGACCUACGCAACCAGAACGAUCUUAUACCUGCAAAGUGAUGAUACAUUGAAGCCGCUGGCAAUCGAAUUGAGCUUGCCACAUCCCGAUGGAGAUCAGUUCGGAGCCAUCAACAAAGUGUACACUCCACCUCCAGCAGAUCACAAGGAGGGCAGCCUCGAAGACACCAUAUGGCAGUUGGCCAAAGCUUAUGUAGCAGUAAACGAUUCCGGCUACCACGAGCUCAUCACCCACUUCUUGCACACUCAUGGCGUGAUCGAGCCAUUUGUAAUUGCAACAAACAGGCAGCUCAGCAUAAUCCACCCGAUCUACAAGCUUCUACACCCUCAUUUUCGUGACACCAUGAACAUAAACGCCCUUGCGAGACAGAUCCUCAUCAAUGGCGGAGGAUUGGUGGAGUUAACGCUCUACCCUGGCAAGUACUCCAUGGAAUUCUCUUCGUCACUAUAUAAAUACUGGAACUUCACUGAACAGGCCCUCCCUCAAGAUCUCAAGAAGAGAGGAAUGGCUGUUCCAGACCCAGAGUCCAAGCACGGCCUCAGACUUCUGAUCAAAGACUACCCAUACGCCGUCGACGGGCUCGACAUCUGGUCGGCGAUCAGAAACUGGGUAGCCGAUUACACAUCACUGUACUACAAAACCGACGAGGAGAUCCGUAGCGACGCCGAGCUCCAAUCAUGGUGGAAGGAACUCGUGGAGGUCGGCCAUGGGGACAAGAGAGACGAGCCAUGGUGGCCCAAGAUGCAGAAUCGAGACGAGCUCAUCGAAUCGUGCACGACAAUGAUCUGGAUCGCGUCGGCGCUCCACGCGGCCACCAAUUUCGGGCAGUAUACCUACUCCGGCUACAUGCCGAAUCGCCCCACCAUCAGCCGGCGGUUCAUGCCGGAGGAAGGGACGCCGGAAUUCGAGGAGCUGAGGGAGAACCCAGAUAGGGCUUUCUUGAGGACGAUCACGGCGAGGCUCCAGACGCUGCUAGGGAUCUCGCUGAUUGAACUUCUGUCGACGCAUUCUUCGGACGAGGUUUACCUAGGUCAGCGGGACACGGCGGAGUGGACGGCGGAUUUGGAGGCGGCGGCGGCGUUCGAGAGAUUUGGGAAGGCAUUGACGGAGGUUGAGGAGAGGAUUGUGGAGAGGAACGGAGAGGAGCAGUUGAGGAAUCGGUAUGGGCCGGUGAAGAUACCGUACACUCUGUUGUUUCCGACCAGCGAGGCGGGCCGGACCGGCAAGGGGAUCCCGAAUAGUAUUACUAUUUGAAUAAUCGGGCCCAAGUGGAGAUGGCGCGUAAUAAACGGCUAUGGGUUGUUGCCUUGUUGGUAUAUAAUAUUAGUGUGGUGUGAAUUAUAUUUAAUUUGAUUUAAAAUUACAUACUCAUGUUAAUUGUAAACCCAUCCAACUCUUGUAUGUAAUCAUGUCUUGAUAAUUUAUAUAAUUAUAUUAAGUGUGCAAACAUAUAAACUAUGUAAAACAUGCAUAUCAUGUGUUAUUUUCACUAGUCUUAAAAAUAAAUAUGCAUUAUUAUGUCAUUUUAUACCGUUCCCGGUUCUAUCAUUAAAAUUGUCUAUUUUUUGCCGGUGAAGUUUAGCCUUAUUCACUAAACAUAUCAACAUAUUUUGGUUAACUCAUAUACAACAACAUAGAUUAAAGAUUCUUCCUUCUGCGUUCUGUCCUCACUGUGUCUUAAUUAUCCUUAUUGUGUCUUAAUAAUCUUGAGAUGAGAAGAACAACGGAAAAAGUUAAAGAGACGGUGUCCAGAGAGAAAUGAAGGACAUAAGAUAAA